UCUCAAGUGUUGUUUGUUUAUCUUUUUCACAUUUUUGUCAUCAUUUAUUGAUUGAUUUUCUUUUUCUUUCUAAUUGUUUCUUUAUUUGGCUUUUAAUUGUUUUCAUUUACUUUGUGUCUCUGUCUUCCAUCUGCUGAUUGAAUAUGUCUUCUUCUGCUAGUUUAUAUCGACGUUAUCUUGAAUUGGUUAAAUUGUGGCCCAUUGAUUUGACUAAAGAUGGAAGAGAUUUUGGUCAAUAUUUGCGUAAACGAACGGGAAUUAUUUUCAGUCAAGGUGAAUUAACUAGUGUCGAUGUUAAUUAUCUUGAAAAAAGGAUUCAAGCUUUGGAAAGGAUUUCAUCGGAUCUUCAUCGUAAUGAUAAUAAAACAAUUUACUUCGCAUCAGCAACUGGAUUAGAUGCUGCAACUGCUAAACAAGCAGUUUCAAAUGAAGCUUUAGCAACCAAGACUGAACUCAAUGCUUUUGAACAAAUUAAAGCUUACUUUGGACAAUUAUAGUUAUCUACAAUUUGACUGUUGUAUUGUGUUAGAUAAGAAAAUUAAUUAAUUAUAGUAAUUAAAAUGAAUUCAAAAUUUUAA